GUAUAUUCCUGUCCCUAAAGCUCCCAGGCCUGCACCAUGGACUUCCAGCACAGACCUGGAGGCAAGACUGGGAGUGGAGGCGUGGCCUCCUCCUCUGAAAGUAAUCGGGAUCGCAGGGAGCGCCUGCGCCAGCUGGCCCUAGAAACCAUUGACAUCAACAAGGACCCGUAUUUUAUGAAAAACCAUCUGGGGUCUUAUGAAUGCAAACUCUGCCUGACACUGCAUAACAAUGAGGGCAGCUACCUGGCUCACACCCAAGGGAAGAAACAUCAGACUAACUUGGCUCGGCGAGCUGCCAAGGAGGCUAAAGAAGCCCCUGCACAGCCAGCACCUGAGAAGGUCAAGGUGGAGGUGAAGAAGUUUGUGAAGAUUGGCCGCCCUGGCUACAAAGUGACGAAGCAGAGGGACACAGAGAUGGGCCAGCAGAGCCUACUGUUCCAGAUUGACUACCCUGAGAUUGCCGAGGGCAUCAUGCCACGCCACCGCUUCAUGUCUGCGUACGAGCAGAGGAUCGAGCCCCCGGACCGCCGCUGGCAAUACUUACUUAUGGCUGCUGAGCCCUAUGAGACCAUUGCCUUUAAGGUGCCAAGCCGGGAGAUUGACAAGGCUGAGGGCAAGUUCUGGACCCACUGGAACCGAGAGACCAAGCAGUUUUUUCUUCAGUUCCACUUUAAGAUGGAAAAGCCACCAGCCCCACCCAGUCUCCCAGCCGGACCCCCGGGCGUCAAGCGGCCCCCACCCCCGCUCAUGAAUGGCCUGCCUCCUCGCCCACCACUGCCGGAUGCCUUGCCCCCACCUCCGCCUGGUGGCCUGCCUCUGCCCCCUAUGCCCCCCACAGGGCCUACUCCUUCUGGGCCCCCUGGACCUCCCCAGAUGCCUCCACCAGCUCCUGGGGUCCAUCCACCAGCCCCAGUAGUCCACCCACCCACAUCUGGAGUCCAUCCUCCAGCCCCUGGGGUACACCCCCCAGCACCAGUGGUACACCCACCAACAUCUGGGGUCCAUCCCCCAGCCCCUGGAGUGCACCCAGCAGCCCCUGGAGUGCACCCAGCAGCCCCUGGAGUGCACCCACCAGCUCCAGGGGUCCACCCACCAGCUCCAGGGGUCCACCCACCAGCUCCAGGGGUCCACCCUCCCCCAUCAGCUGGAGUUCAUCCUCAGGCUCCAGGAGUACAUCCACCUGCUCCUGCAGUUCACCCUCAGGCCCCUGGGGUGCACCCCCCAGCCCCUGCUAUCCACCCUCAGGCUCCUGGGGUACACCCCCAGCCUCCGCCUGGGGUACACCCUGCCACCCCUGUGGUCCAUCCUCAGCCUCCAGGGGUUCACCCUUCAAAUCCUGGGGUGCACCCAGCUUCUAUGCCUCCCAUGCUAAGGCCCCCACUCCCGUCAGAUGGCCCUGGGAGCAUGCCUCCCCCUCCCCCAGGCAACUGAGCAGUGGCCCAGCAUCCCUUGCUGCCUAGGUGCAGCCUUUUCCCAUGGCCAGUCCUUGGGAAGUUUUCUAUUUUGUCCUGCCCUGAGCCCAUUAAACAGCCUCCCCCAUGUC